UCUUGGUUCUGUAGACAUCAUCGAGAGUGGCAUGAGCCAUACAUCGGGUCAUCGAAAAUAUGAUGAUAAUGAGUGUUGUGGGCCAAGACCACCUGUACCCGGAGAAGAAAGUCGAGUUAGAAAGAUGACCGAAGGGGUAGGAGAACAUUUACGUAAUUCACCACCAUCCUAUUUGAAUUGGGCCCGAACACUCAAUCAUCUACUGGAAGAUCGCGAUGGUGUGGAAUUGUUCAAGAAGUACGUGGAGGAGGAGGCUCCGGCCUACAAUGAUCAUUUGAAUUUCUAUUUUGCCUGUGAGGGUUUAAAACAACAGACGGAUCCUGAAAAGAUUAAACAGAUUAUACAGGCUAUAUACAGAUUCCUGCGCAAGAGUCAACUGUCUGUAUCAGAAGACCUGAGACGCAAUAUUAAGGCGGGACUUAAAAAUGAAAUACCUCUCAGUCCAAACAUAUUCGAUGGCAUGCAGAAGCAUGUCGAAAACACAAUACGAGAUAAUAUUUAUCCAUCAUUUUUGUGUUCGGAAAUGUAUAUACUUUACAUUCAACAAAUGUCUGCUGCUCACGAACGAUUCAGCAGUAGUGGUGGUCCCACGGGAGCCGGUAGCUGUAGUACUGGUAGCAGUAGUAGUAGUGGUGCUAGUUGCGGUGGCGGCGGAGCCAGUGGCGGUGCCUGUGCGUUGCCACUUGUGGUUGCUUCCACAAGUACUGGGAAAUCGAGCAGUACAUUGGGCCAAAUCAUUAAUUUGCCCGCGAGUACUAGUGCCGGCAUUGGUGCUCCAACUGGUAGUUGCAGCGCUAGUGGCAGCGUAUAUGGCCCCUCAACUUCGGCAAGUUCUAGUGGUUCAGUUAGUGCUACAGAUACCCUACCUCGCAGCUCAACCUUACCCACCCUGCAUGAAGAUUCGGAAUUGUCACUAAGUGAUGACUUUGAGAAACUACGAGUAGAAGGAGGCCGCGUUUCAGCCGAUAUGCCAAUGCGCUUAACACGGGAUUUAUUAUUAGCAACACAAAAAAGAAGACUGGAAAUACGACCACCUGGUGCUCAUGGUUAUGUUUAUACGGGGAAGACAAAUACCUCCUACGUACCGAAUUCACGGGUAGACUCAGAAAGAGCAAGUGUCAGUUCGGGGGGUAGAACUGAUUCUGAUACCAUGUCUCUUUCAAGCUGUUCGAUGGAUGGACGCCCAUACAUACAACGAAGACAUAGCUCCACAGAAACUAAAGCUAUUCGUCAGAGUGCCAUGGCAAAUAAAGAAACUAAUACCUUUCAAGUUAUACCACGUACUCAGCGUCUUCACUCAAAUGAACAUCGACCAUUGAAGGAAUCCGAGUUGAUAGCGUUACUAAUACCCAAACUAGAAGAAGUCAAACGGAAACAAGACCUAGAAGAUAGAGCCCGAAUAGAGCAUUUUCCUGAUGAAUCUAUGCCGACCAAUGAACGACUUGCCAGUGAUCGUGCUUUUGCACAAGCCAUACGAGAGAAAUUUGCCAUUGACGAGGACAAUGAUCAGGAUAUACUCGAUCAGCAUGUUUCACGCGUUUGGAAAGAUCAAACGCCACAUCGCUCACCUGGUACAAUGUCACCCUGCCCACCUUUACCAUCUAGAAGGCGUACAAUAACUCAUGACUCGGGCAUGUUAAGUGAUGGCGCCAUGAGUAUAAGUGGUCAUUCAAUGAAACACUCGAAGUCAAUGCCGGACCAUAGUUCCUCUACAAGGAAGCUUACAAAUAAAUGGCCUUCCAUGAAUACAGAUAGCGGCAUAAGUUUAUUCUCAGCUGAUACUCUAAUGAAGUACAAAGAUAACAGUUCACGUUCUGGCACGAGUACAGCCUCUAAACUGGAAGAGGCCAAAAGAAGACUGGAAGAUGAGACUAGACGGUCUCGUCGCUAUACCCAACAGCAGCAUAUGUUGCCUCCCAUGCAACAGCAACAAUCAGCCUCAUUUAGUAAUAGCAGCAGUGGCAGUAGUAGUUUACACCAUCAAUCGCUCCCGCCUCCAUUACCCGCAAAACCACAAGAGACCACAACAGUUGUGUUUUCAUUUUGUGAUGAAGAAUAUCCUUAUAGAACUAAAAUACCCGGUACACAACCCACACUAAAGCAAUUUAAGGACUAUUUACCCAAAAAGGGCAAUUUUAGAUUUUUCUUUAAAACACAUUGUGAAGAUCCUGACAGUCCAGUGAUUCAAGAAGAAAUUGUCAAUGACAACGAUAUCCUUCCCUUAUUUGAGGGCAAAGUGAUGGGUCUGGUUAAACCAUCCGAUUAAUAGUAGAGUAAGUUUUAAUUUUU